AUGGAGAGGAAGGUACGGGACUACUUCGUGGAACUUCCAGCUCACCCAAAACGCCUAAGGUGGGUUGGGCUGACAGGGGUGUCGGAGCUGGCGACGGGCAGCUGCAAAGACGGUCACGUGUCAGUAUCUCUAUCAUCGGCACUGUCUGCCCCACCGGCUCUUAUCACUAUGGGUUCUAAUUGGAGACUGCCGCCAGUCUUGAGGAAGGAGCACUGGACACUUUUUGAGCGGGAAGGAUCGUACGCGGGGCACAAUGACUUUGCAGUAUUUUUGGUCAUAUUGAAUUUUCGUAGCUUGGACAUAUUCAAUAUCGGAGCAAACCUCCGCGUCGACCACCACCGAAGCCUGCAAGGUGUUUGCGAGACACACAGACCCGUCAACAUGGCUUCCUCAAGCUCCUCCACUACACCAGCAGCUCUGAAUGCUCUGUCGGACACAGCUGUCGUCUUGAUGCAGCAGUUGGAGGCUGUUCUCCAGAACAUCAACAGUGGCAAAGACACCCCUCAGCAGACUGAUACCUCGUCCGUCGAUGCCUUUGCUCUCGCUCGUGAUUCAGCUACCCUGAUCAAGGCGCACUCAACCAAGAUUUCCGUUCUCAUCAUCAACGAACCCUUCACACCCUCGGCCGUCAUCAAAGUCCUCCGAGAACUCGUUGGCGGCCCGAUUCCCGGCAUCGCCACCGCAGGCCAGGCUUGUGACGCAGACCGAUAUACGGCUACUGUUCGGAAAGAUCUGGCUUGGAAAUGUUACACUGUAUUGAAGGAGCUCCGCGGUCUGGUUGAAAAGAUCCCUAGGGAUGGCAAGAUUCUGUCAGCAGCGCAAAAGUCAGGCUCCACGGGUGCACCUGGCAAGGGCAGUAUGGCUGCCACCGGUGUUAUUUGGUCGGCUUGCGACGAUCUGGUGCAAUUCGCCACCGGAGGUAUCGGCGGCUGCUUCAUCAAAAAGGUUGAAGAGUUCAGGGCGACGCUGAAGGAUGUCAUGGAGGAGCUCAAGGAGUGGGGUGACGAAGAGCCGGAAGACGACGACGACGAUGACGACGACGACGAUGAUGAUGAUAAUGCCGUAAAUGAUGCGGACCACGAUUCGGCCCUAGGUUCCAUGAUGCCCUCGGCGCAGGAAAUGAUCGACGACAUGAUGGCGAACCAGGGGACGAUUCCUCGCGACGACCCCGACAAGAUCCGCGAGCGUCUCGAGUCCUGUCUGAAGCGCGUGAGACUGACAACGCUGCUCUAUCAGGCCAUCAUCAAGCGACGACUCAAGACACUACCCUCCCUUCCGGCCGAGAACUCGGAUAUCCCUAAGCGUCUGGACGAGUCGAUGCGGGUCCUCAGGAAACUCCCGCACAUGUUCGACGAGCUUGCCGGCGCAUUCUACGAGCUCUCACCUGAUGAAAUCGAUCGAGUAAUGAAGCUGUGCUUCGAUGAGAUCGUUGGGCUUUCGGAACUUCUCAAGUCACCUUGGACUGGGGAAAGCGAUGAGUUUUCCCAGUGGGUUGGCAAGUUCCAGGCUGAAAUCAAAAAGGCGCGGCCUCGCCCUUCAUCCGCCUCUUCCACGCGGCUGCGACAAGACUUUGAUUGGUCAGUUGACGCCAAGCUGACUGUCAGUCGCCGCUCUGUGGGGGAGCAGCGCGGUCACGAGAAGACGGCCAGUCAUCCGUUACUUUGUGUACAUAUUGCACAUGGCCUGCAAGCCAGCUGCCUGGUUACAGUACGCCAGAUGGAUCCGGAAAGGGGACCAGGCAAUGCGCCAGGCGUGCCCAAGAGCGACCGUGGUCUCAAAAUUGCCAUUAUUGCCGUGACCUUGAGCAGCAAGAUUGCUCAUAUCGCCACCGACAUCUUGACCCUUCCAUACAACCGCUUCUAUCAGCAAAACACGUUGCUACCGAUAUUAGCCAUCGCCAAAGCUGUUGAAGAUCGCGAAUCCGACGAGGAAAUUUCAGCACAACUGAAGCGAUGGCGAGAUCGAAAGUUGAGCGAAUUUCAGCUCGUUCAAGUUGCUAGCACCUUGAUUUCAGCUGCCGUCAUCGGUUUCUUUUCAUGGCCGCCUCCCGACUCAUUGCACUGGCUCAGCCCAGCAUUUUGGCACGCGAGCAUCUCCUUCUCCCUCUUCUCCAUCCUCCUCGCUGCCUCCGAGCAGUUCAUCUUUCAGACUCUUCAUCGAUCCCCGACGCCGCGUAAUGUUGACAAAGACCUCGCCAUGAUCCUCUAUAUACGUCGCAGCAGGACUGUCGAGCCCAUGCACUCGCCACUCGAGGAGGUGCCUCCCAUCCCGCAGAUCCGUGCCAUCAAGAUUAAGAAGAAGGGCGGGUGGAUCCCAAAGGAGAUGCCGUUUGUAGAGGUUCGGUGGAACAUGAUCUUCACGUGGCAGGCGCCUAUGAUGUUAAUGGCCUACUCGGCCAUUUGCUUCCUCGGCGGAUUGACGGUGUACGUUUGCGCGCCAUUGUAUGACGGCCAGGGAUGGGUUGGAGCAAGCAAGGCCGCCGUGUUUUACCUCGUCAGCUUCUUUUUGUGUGGCAUCACUUUCAUCUGGUGCGCAUUUUGGGCAUAUCGGCAUCAAGAUGAUGAAAUCUGUCACAAAUCAUUCAAGAAGACAUUAGGAAAGAUGUCUUGCCCAAUUGAAGAGAUUGUCAAACACUAUGAAUUCGAUCCAACGAUCAUUCAACGCAUCGCAACGCGAACAUCCAAACCUGCACUUUCCAUCGAACCCCCAAACCCCGAGUGGCCACAACAUUUCCAAGACAUUAAGUCUCUCAUAGAGAACGCCAUCGGUUCUGUAGCUGUCAGCAUAAGCCAUGUCGGCUCGACAUCGGUGGCAAACCUCCCCGCCAAGGACGUCAUCGACAUUGACCUCGCCGUCGAGAACCCGACGGAUGAGGCCGCCUACGCGCCCGCACUUGAGAAGGCCGGCUUCCAGUUCCUCUUGCGCGAGCCCGAGUGGCACGAACAUCGCUUCUUCGCCAUGCACAGGCCGUUUUCCUGUAAUCUACACGUCUUCAAAGUCGGGACGGCCGAGUUGGCCAGACAUCUCAUCAUGAAGGAGUGGUUGAUUGAACAUGACGAUGACAGAGAUCUGUAUGCAAAGACCAAGACGGAGGCCGCAGGCAUGAGUAACUCGCUGGGUGAGACUAAUCCUCUAGAUCCCGUCAAGCAAAAAUGGAAGCUGGUCCAAAAAGACGCCGAAAGACAUGCGAAAGCCAGGCAGCCUGGAUCAAGCGCCUGCGAAAUACAGUCCCAGAAAGACGGGGUGAGCAAGUUCGGCCGACUGAUGCAGUGCACCCUUGAUCAUUACAUUUCACGUUCAUAG